CAUAUGCCCAACUAGAAAAAGGAAGGUCGCCAUUUUGGCUCAAACAAAGUCAGAAAGACUUAAAUACGGAUGUUUUGUAAUUUAGGAUUAAUACAGUACCUAUAUUAUGCCAAUCAGUCAUGUGAGUGAGCUGACAAUUGACAAAUUAGUUUGUUUUCAAGCAAUGUAAAUGUGCAGUUUUGCUUAAAAAAAGAGAGAAGAUGUUUACCUCUGCGGUGCCUGUUUGCCAGCAUAACAAAUUCCUACAAUAACAAUACUAUUAACGCUGGUGUUAUUUAGUUUGUUUGUUUUCGUGUACAAUGGGUGGAUGCUCGGCUCCUAAUUGUUCCAAUUCAACCAGCAUCGGGAAACAACUGUAUAGAUUUCCCAAAGAUCCUGUCAGGAAGAAGAAAUGGCUUAUGAAUUGCCGACGCGACUUUGAACCAACUCCACACUCGAGAUUAUGCCAAGAGCAUUUUGAGCCGAGUCAGUUUGAGGAGUUGGCAAAAUCCCCAGCUGGAGGAAAGAAAUUGAAGCCCAAUGCCAUCCCAACUCUCUUCAGUGCCGGAGACCCUCCUUACCCUGCAAUUACUACUCCAUUCAUUAUGCUGCCCUUGAAACCUGAGCUAGUGGAGAAGGAGCUGAAUGUUGGUGAUCAUGGCUAUGCUAGACGCACUCCUCUGCUUGGCCUGGAAGAGGAGGAUGGAGAUAGGUCAGCUGUGGACCAGCAGUCCUGCACACAAUGUCACCUCCUCAAAAAACAGCUGGAGAAAGAAAUGCAGCACACCUUAAGACUACAAAAGGAGGCAGAAGAGAUGAAGAAACGUCUCUACAGGCUUGACCGUAUUGAGAAGGGACUCCAGAACUUUCUAUAUGAGGACCAGAUCCGCGCUCUGUCUCUCACCAAGCGGUCUCGCCGAGCCGUCUGGUCUCCAGAGACUAUCCUGAAGGCUAGAAAGAUUCGAAGCGCGGUGGGCACCAAAGGCUAUGAGUACCUGAGAGAGCUGGGGUACCCGUUACCCUCCUACCGGACUCUAUGUAACCGCCUAGAAACCAAGAUCAUGGUAACGACUGACAUGAGCUGUGAGGAAUUGGCAGAGCUGGGCCUGGGACUCAUGGCCACCUGCGAUAGCCCAACAGAAGAUGUUGGCGACAAUGAUGAGGAAGACCUUCUUGGUGUCUUGUCGUGAUUUCUGCUGUUUGCGUGACUCAUCAAGCAAAUGAGAGCUCUCAUCAAAUGGACACUAUUUGCUUUGCACCAUUUACUUAAGGAUGCUCUUUAAGUUUGAUGAGAUGCAGGAGAACGCGCUUAACACAAGGUCACACAAAAGUAUGCUGAGAUUUGUUGGGAAACUUAAAACAUGCAACCAAUUGAGUCAUGUGACCGCUAGCAGACCAAACACUUUUUUUUUUUCAUUUUAUGACUCGUUUAGAAAACCCAAGGAACACAAAAAUACAACUGACCACAAUAAUCCAGAACAUAUUAGUAAUGAUGUUAUUGUGUCAGACUAUACAACAAAGCCUGCAAUUGCACAAGCAUGUAGCAUGUUAACACAUUUUUCUCGAUAGGUAAAAUGUUAUGAUACUUUUAUGUACACUAGUAUGCAUCCAAAGCCAAAAAACAAUCACUAUCUAUUUUUUAAGCACUCAAUCUAGAAGGCACACUUGUUCAAGUUCAACUAUAGUCACAUGUUCCAAUACUUUUGCUCACUUAAAAAGUGAGUGAGUGACAAAAGGUGCUUUGUCCGAAGUUGCUCAACACACUAUGAUGCAAAUAUCAAGAAAUAAAAGCUAUAAUUUUAAA